UGAAAGUUGGUGAUAUUACUUUUUGUGUAAUCAUGUUUGGUUUUUAAUACUGUAUGUGUUUUAACCACUGUUUGUCUUGUUUUAGACCACUAUGUGUUAUGACUCAUCUCUAUUAUAUUUUUACAAUCUUGAAAUACUCCUAAAACUACAUCUUUAAAAGCUUUUCUGACUGUGAAGACUGAAAAGAACUCCACCUUUUCUUUGUGUAAACAAUUAAACUAUAGAAGAGUUCCUGAAAACAUCAGGACCUGAGGCUGAGAUCAGAUCUGAAAAAGAGAACAACAAUCUCACAGCAGAAAGAUCUGGAGAAGGAAUUCAGUGGGGUACCCCACUGUCUAUCCCUAAAACUUUCAGAUUGAUUGAAGAGGAAAAACAGCAACAACCAAUGCUACAACCACAGCUUCAACCAAUACUAGAACCACAGCUACAAACAAUGCUACAGCCACAGCUACAACCAAUACUACAACCACAGUUUCAACCAAUGCUACAACCACAGCUACAAACAAUGCUACAACCACAGCUGCAACCAACAAACCAGACAAAUAUUUCAGUUUCCGAAGAUGAAGGCUCAGGUCACAUCAGAAAACAAGAGAGUGGCAUGGAUCAAGAUGUCUUAGCUUUUAAGGUGGAUGUUGAAGGUGAUUUAAAUAGUUAGCUCCAUCAUUCUGCAAAUAUGAUGGGAGCAAAAUAUAUGCCAUUGACAUUUACCACCAAACAACCACUUAACGCCAUUCUUCUCUAUUCGGAUCCAUUUACUGAAUCUGAAUAACUCAGAAAACUUCAACUUACUUACAAACAAAAACAGCUCUUUUCUACAAUGUGGCUACAUUUUUUAAUUAUUCACUUGUAGAAUUCCAUCACAAAAUAUAUAUCUAACAAAAAUCAUCUCACUAAAAACAAAUGCUAUUUUAUCAUCUUGAAUCUAAAUUGUAGCCAAAAUAGUGUAAUUUUGAUAUUGGCUAAGUAAAAGAAAUACAAGUCUAUAAUAAGAUGAUUGAUAGUGAAGCUAUAAAUAAGUGCAGUUUAUUAAGCUUAUUUAAUGUAAAAUAUACAAUGUAAUGUGUCAUAAUUGUUAUACAUGUCUCUUUUCAUAUAACUUGAAAUAUCCCUAGCUUCAAGGACAAAUUCCACACCAGUUUGUGGAAUGGAUGAGAGCAUUGAAGCAGACUGUUCCAGUGUACCGCUAACUGAGACCUCUGACAACACAAUCCAAGAAAACCCUAAAUCCUGCCAAGAAGAUGAGACAACUGUAAUAUUCAGUAACCCUACAACACAGAAACAGCUCAUUCAGUCAUCAGAUAUGUGUCUGCAAGAAGCAUAUGAGACUGUUACCAAGGGUGAAUUUGUUGUACAUCAGGAGGAAGUGAAAGAACCUGGUCAUGAAACAGAAUUCUUUAUACUUCCACCGGAAGAUAAAGCUGUCAGAACCAUGGAAGAUGAUUCACUGGUUCACUGUUACAAGGAUGGAAUACAGUUCUACUCUGAAAAUGGAUAUAUGCUUGAAUCAGAGGAAAGUGUGCGAAGACUGAAUGUUCAAGCAAUAGGCUCGGGUCAUUCAGCCGUAUACCACUACAAGACAAAGGAUGAUGACAUAAUAUUUAAGGUGGAUGUCAAAGCUACAUCUUUGCAAACAUCAACUAUCCAUGAGACUGAUGGGAGAGAGUCAUAUGAAGAGAUAGAAAUUGCUAAUUUUCCACAACCUGAGGUAUCGAACACAAUGGCAGAGGUAUGCUGGUACAAGGAAGGUGAGGAACUCCAAGAAUGUGAUGGUAGCACCCAAUCUAAGGAGACUCUCAGAGCUCUUGUUGUCAAAACAGCUGAGCCGUCUCACUCUGGAGAACAUGCUUAUGAGACAGAUGAUGUCACCGUCCAGUUUCCCCAGGACCUACCAGGUGAAUCAUCAGUCAUCUACGCCAGCUCAAUCCAUUCGAUUAUCAAACUAACCACUUCAAUCAUGCAGUGGUCACUAACUCUGUUGAAUCUGUUGUUCGGAUAAAAGCCAGACUAAUAGGUUGUUGUAAGAUGUUGUCACUGCUGAUGCACAUUUCAGUAGAGAAAUUACUUAAUAUUAUUUUUAUAUUAUUAUUUAUUUACAUUUCCCUUUCAUAGCAGCAU